GUAAACAAUACACACUGUAUUUCACAGCUGUUUGUUCUAGCUCUCUUUCGCUCUCUCCCCUCUCACUAUGCCUCUCUAGCCGAGCCUUUCUCUUGAAAAUCAGCUGUUAAAAUGUUUACAUUCACUUCGGACAUGCCUUCAGGGUCAUUUUUGCGUUGAAAUUGCAGUUUUUAUACCUUUUCCAGAGGUAUUUUUACCUCUCCACGGCUGCCAAUUAGCACUCGGCUUUUUGGGAACGCGGCUUGUGCGCUUUCAGCUUUUAGUCUGCUCCGCAACUUCGACCGAUAAAAGACGCCGGAAAAACUUCCGUCGCGGGAGAUAGUUGCUAUAGAGCUUACGUUCGGUGCUUCAUUACCAUUAUCAGACAUUAGAUAAAAACAUGGAGGAAACGUAUCUGUACGAUCCCAGUCUGCUGAUAAAGCUUGACUUUCAUCGCAGCCCCGCCAAGUUCAAGCCUUUCAUAUCGGCUGCCAAUCCCGGCGAGCCAUGGAUGAAGGUGCGUCCCUUAAAGGAUACGGACUAUGACCGUGGUUUCCUGCAGCUGCUCUCCCAACUCACGCAUGUGGGCAAUGUCAAUCGCACACAGUUUUUAACCCGCUUCUCGCAGAUGAAAGCUAGCGGGGAUUACUUUGUCACUGUGAUUGAGGAUACGCGCAAAAACGAGAUUAUAGGAGCUGCAUCCUUGGUGAUUGAACGCAAGUUUAUCCACAAUUGUUCAGUGCGUGGACGUCUGGAGGAUGUGGUGGUCAAUGAUACCUAUCGCGGCAAGCAACUGGGCAAGCUAAUCGUGGUCACCGUUUCUCUGUUGGCCGAAGAACUUGGCUGCUACAAGAUGUCCCUCGACUGCAAAGACAAGCUGAUCAAGUUCUACGAAUCCUUGGGCUAUGUGCUAAUCCCAGGCAACUCCAACUCCAUGACGAUUCGCUAUGACGAGGGACCAGCGCUCAAGCGAAAUGCCACCUCAGCCGGCACCAGCAACAGUGGAACAGUGGGCGACUCCUGCCAAACUAACUCUCAAUUUUAUAAUUUUUUCUCCCCUUUCUGCUACUGAUUGAUUGUGCGGCCUCAAAACUCUCAACUCAAAGGUAGUUGUAAUCUUACCUUUUAAAAGCACCUUCAUCAAGUAGCAUUUUAUUUGAUAAAUAAACAAUC